CUGUUCUCUGAAAAUGUCAAGGCAUUCUUUAGGCAAACUGCUGAGAGGAAGGGAACAUCCCCUCCUCUCCUGGAAUUCACUUUGCAAGAUUCUUUCUGCUCUGCAAAAAGCAGAUGUUGAUAAAAAUUCAUCCCAGAUCCCAGGGUGCAUUGAAUCUUUGGAAGUAUGUAAUCUUGUGCUGAAUCUCCCAAGAGAGUGUUUCUUCCCAAGAAAAUGAAGGCUCCUGAUUUUUCAGCCCUCCUUCCCAUUUGUAGAUGACAGCCGCUGGCCUUGGUGCCUGUUCUCUUCUGUUCUCUGUCUGCUCUGAUGGCUUUUCCAUGGACUUAGUUUCCCCUCAAGGCAACCCUGCAAAGGAGUGUGGGAGAAUCAGACUCUGUGCAGAGCUGCCUGUUUUGCUGGGGCUGCUGUUGUUGUUCUUGUUGAUGUUAUCAUUAGCUAAAAGACCACAAAUUGCUCAGAGCCCCAGAGAGUGGAGCUGGGUUUCAGAUCUCCUGCAAGCUCAAUCUCUCUGUUUUGAACUUUGCUUCUUGCAUUUUGUUUCUUUCAGGGUGUGUGGUGAGUGUGGAAGAUCCAGAAAAGAAGUACACUGGAUGGGAACAUCUUGGCAGUGGGUGAGUGCAGCCACACUUAUUUCUACAGAACCACAGGCCAGGAGUUUUGGUGGUGCAAUAGCAUGUGGGGAGUCAGGCAAGCUGCAAGCAUCUUCAGAGCCUGGCUCCAGAUUGUCCCUGUCUCACUACUGAGGCAGUACAAGGCAUCAUCAAAGAUAACUGGAUGCUGACAAUGUCUUGGCUGCCUCAAGGAGCAGGACCUGGAAGCCCUCCUGUCCCUCCAAGAUGGGGCAGCAGUUUGCCUAUUUUCCCAGGAGACAUGGUUUUGUAUGAUUCAAAGUAAUAUGGCCACACUCAUGAAGGAAGGAAAACCUGAGAGAGCAGGUUUUGUCUGUUGUUUCCCACCAGACAGCUGUCAGAUAACAGCUCUCAGUUGCAUUUCUUAGUAUUUUUCUGGAAACAAUAUUCAGUGGUCAGGAAAAUAAGAAAGGCUGUGUGGCAUUGCCUGAGUUUGGCAGGUAGGAUGAAAAGAGAGCAGUGAGAAGGCCCAGCAGCACUGUGUGUUUCAUUGCCUGGAAAGGCACGUCACAGGCACAGACACAAGAAGAAAAAGGCAGAGAAAACCCCUCCACAUGCAUAAGCUAGUGUGUACAUUGGAGAUUUCUAGCAGCCCUUUUUCUUCCUGUGGGAGCCAGCUUUUCUCUUGGACACUCUGCAUGGCAGAGGGCUGCUGGGCUGCUGUGCCCUUGGCUGAAGAGUAGACAAAGCCCAGUGUUUUAGAGCCACUGCAGGCAGUACAGAGCUCCUGCCUGGGCUGCCUUUUGCUCCUCAGCACUGAACAACUUCUCUGCUCUUGCCACUGUUCUGAUUCUAGGGGCUUUGGAGCUGUUUAUAAGGCCUUCAACACUGCCACAGGACAAGCGGUGGCUGUAAAGGAACUUUAUCUCCAGCACCAGGGCUGUGAGGGAAUAUUAAAAGAAAUCCUGCUCAUGAGAGAAAAUAAGAACGCCAAUAUUGUCAGCUACUUAGAAAGCUACCUUGUGGAUGAGGCUGUCCUGCUGGUGUUGGAAUAUAUGGAUGGAGGCUCCUUAGCUGAUGUGGUCACCGUGAGAAGGAUGGCUGUAGGACACAUAGCAACAGUGUGUCGGGAGUGCCUGCAAGGCCUGGCUUUCCUUCAUGCCAAGCAGGUGAUCCACAGAGACAUCAAAAGCGACAACAUCCUUCUGGGCCGGGACGGCUCCGUCAAGCUGGCUGAUUUUGGCCUCUGUGCUGUGCUCAGCCCUGAGCACAGGAAACGGAGGUCGAUGGUCGGGACCACUUACUGGAUGGCACCCGAGGUGGUGAGAAGAGAGCCUUACGGCCCCAAAGUGGACACCUGGUCCCUUGGGAUUGUGGGAAUAGAAAUGGCCACAGGAGAGGCUCCUUAUAUGCAGGAGACCAGUGUCAAGGCCAGCUACCUGAUAGGCAAGCAAGGGGUUCCAAAUCUGCACCAGCUCAGGCUACCCCCUGGCUUGUGUGAAUUUCUGGGCUGCUGCCUGCAGAUGGAUGUGGACAGGCGAGGCUCUGCCAAGGAACUUCUGCAGCAUCCAUUUCUGCAAUCAGCGGAGCCUCUCUUAAGCCUCUUCUGACAGCCUGAUUGCUGCCAUCCCUGCAGCAAGGGAAUGCAAGAAGCAAAGGAGAUGACAAGGUGUGAGAGUCUGUCCAAAACUUCCCUCAUUUUUUGCCUCUCGAUCGUCAUGAAAGCCAAGACCACCGGGGAAAGGGAAAGAUCCUGUUCUGAAAAUCCAGGUCUGUCUGGUCCACCAAGCCAGAUUAUUGCCUACGUGUGUGUUUGCUCAACUCAUGGAACAACACUGCACCCAAGAAGGGGCAGUGUGCUCUCCUUCGCCUGCAUCACCUAGCAACGCUAGUGCUGGAAUUUCUCCACCCUUCUGACUUGGCUGGACUUUCUCUCUGGAAUGACCUUUCUGGAGGUCACCACAAAAGGACCCUCCAUUCACCGUACAUCAACCACCGUGACAGAUGGACUGAGAUGGGAGAAGGUUCUCCCCUCAAGGACUGAGACGUGCGACCCCUACAUGGAAAAGCUCCCCUCUUUUCCCAAAAGGACUAAGACUGAAAUCCCCACCGUAGGGUGAGGGAAGGUAUGCGUGGGGCCCGGAGCAAGUUUUGCAAGCGACCACUGGACCGAGAAGACAAUGGUUCCUGCCUACGACAUCUGCUGCUGACGACGCCUGUUCCUGAUGGACUACUGAUGGACUCCUUGUACCCUUUAUCAAUAGACUAUUUUGAAAUGGGUCCCCUUCCCCCAUUUCAAAAGGACUAUAAAAAAGGUUAGACCUGACUGAUACCUUUCGAGAUCUCCCCUGACGUGAAGACGACAGGCCUCUUCGUCGAUCGGACUUCGAGGGACUUUGUCAUCUGCACGUCUGCCUCGACUCCUGAUAGGCACAGGAGGGAAAGAAAAGCUGCAGGAGCCCAACCUGUUUUCACCUUGCCUGUGUGACUUCCUGAGCUGCUGCCUGCAGAUGGACGAGGCGCGGCGCCGGUCUGCCAAGGAGCUCCUGCAGGUAAAAUGCAA